GGGAUAUUCCAACUCAGUACAGAGAACUAUCAACGCCUUGUGCAGCGCGAGCCUGUCUGUCUUAUAAGGAUGAUUUCUUGGGUAUUUUCAAUUUGGACGCUUUUUGCCGGAGUUGCCGCUGUGUUGUUUUACCAGAGACUGUUUUAUCCUUACUUUUGGAAGGACUUUAUGUAUUACUUAAAGGUCCGAAAGGUCGGGAAGGCGACGAUGGCGAAGAUGAAGCGCGGGGUUCUCACCUAUCUCGACCGCUUCGUUGAGCAGGCGAACCAGAGUCCUGAAAAGCCGUUCAUCAUUUUCGAGAAGGAGGUUUUGACUUACAUGGAUGUGCACCUAAGGAGCAACAAGUUUGCGAAUGUUUUGCGGAGCGAGGCGGGUGUGAAACACGGUGACAUUGUCGCGCUGUGGAUGAGCAACGAGCCCGACUUCGUGUGCGCGUGGCUCGGGCUGAGUAAACUGCACUGCGAGGUGGCCUUCCUCAACUCCAACAUCAAAUCCAAAUCCCUUCAGCACUGUCUACAGAGCUGUGGAGCCACAGUUCUCAUCGUGGGAUCUGAUUUAAUCCCACUUUUAGACGACGUCCUGCCAGUUCUAUUGAAUAAUAGCAUUAAUGUGUGGGUAACUGCAAAGAGCUGCUCACAUCAGAGCGUCAGAACGUUGCUGGACAAAGUAGAGCUGGCCUCUGAGGAAAAACCACAAGUCGACUUUCCCCUGCCAAAUCUCACGUCCAACUUCCUGUUCAUCUUCACCUCAGGCACCACAGGACUUCCAAAAGCUGCUCGGAUCAGUCACAUCAAGGCUGUGAUGAGCAUGGUCUUCUUCCGCAUGUGUGGGGCCAAUAAAAAUGAUACCAUCUAUCUCACUUUGCCACUCUACCAUAUGGCCGCCUCUCUGCUGGGUAUUGGCGGAUGCAUUGAUCUAGGAGCUACAUGUAUUCUAAAGAAGAAAUUUUCCGCCAGCCAGUUCUGGAAUGACUGCAUCAAGUACGAGGUUACUGUGUUCCAGUAUAUUGGAGAGCUCUGUCGAUACCUGAUCAAUCAACCCAAGACUCCAGAGGAGAUGGCACAUAAAGUGCGCAUUGCUGCAGGGAGCGGCCUUAGAGCAGAUGUCUGGAAGGAGUUUUCUAGACGCUUUGGGAAAAUCCGGAUUUGCGAGGCGUACGGUUUGACCGAGGCUAGCAUUGGCUUUGUUAACUACACCACUGAAAUUGGACCCAUCGGACGAGCCAGUUAUUUCAACAAGCAUAGUCUACCAUUCGAAUUUUUGAAGUGUGACCCAGAAACGUAUGAACCUAUCCGAACAGAUAAAGGGCGCUGUUUGAAAGUGAAUAAAGGUGAAGUUGGUUUGCUGGUUGCCCCGCUGUCUUUCACCAACCCUUUUCUUGGCUACGCGGGGAACAAAACCAUGUCUGAAAAGAAGCUGCUGAGAGAUGUGUUUAAAGAGGGGGAUGUAUAUUUCAACACAGGAGAUUUGAUGCUUCAGGAUCAUAGAGACUUUGUCUACUUCAAGGACAGGAUAGGAGACACAUUCAGAUGGAAAGGAGAGAAUGUGGCCACCACUGAGGUUUCUGAAGUUUUAGGCUGUUUGGAGUUCCUGGAGGAUGUAAACGUCUACGGUGUCACUGUGCCAGGCUACGAGGGAAGAGCAGGGAUGGCAGCUGUGGUCUUAAAGGAAGACCAUGACUUGGAUGGAGAAAGCCUUUACAAUCAUUUGGUACAGAACCUUCCAAGAUAUGCCUGGCCAUGGUUUUUAAGAGUCCAGGCUUUCUUGGACGUGACAGACACCUUUAAGCAGCAAAAGAAAAAGCUAGUGGAGGAUGGCUUCUGUCCUAAGGCUGUCCAUGCUCCACUCUACUUCUUGGAUAGCUCUAAGAAAACCUACAUUCCCCUCUCUCAGAGUGUGUAUAAUGACAUUGUCUCAGGCAAGAUACGACUCUGAGCCUGUCAUUUACGGACUAGUGAAGGAUUGUGCAUCUGAGUUUGGAUUGAUCCACAACGCAGCACAUUAAUCACUGUUUUUUUCAUUUUUGCAGGGAAUACUGUCCAGGGUUUGCAUUUGAGAGCUAAUGUAUUUUUAUAAUACUGUAACUUGGACCUUGGAGGAAAACACUGGAAAUUUCUCAAAAGCAUUGUCACUUUUCACAGUGUUUUAAAAGUACUUUUUCAUUUUUGUGGUAAAUGUUGGAGAACACUGUGAAUUAUAUUGAGAAUAUUCCAUGUGGAAGCCCAUGGGAGGUCAUUCCUGCACCAUGACUUGCUUUAAGAGUCCACAUUUCGCCUAUUGAAAUUUUCAAAAAUUAAAAAAAAAAAAAAAAAAUUCAAAGAUCAUAUUGAAAUUUUGAUACUUUGCCAAUGUACAGUUAAUUUUUGGAGAGAAAAGUUGGAACUUUUUCUGCAUAAGUAUUUUCAGUGUUGGAUUUUUUCCUUUAUAACAAAGUAGGGAUUAACUUUUUUCUGCUUUGGUUUAGUAAUUUCAUUUAAUUAUUUUUAGCAACACUGCACAGCAGUUUUUAUUUUUACAUAGCUAACUAUGUAAAUACAUGCUAUGCUGGAUUUUCUAACUCAUUUCAUUACUUUAAGACUGUUUAGUAAGAAUGAUGUUAUAUGUUUUUGUUUCUAAAAUUAGAAUAGUUCUGAUCUUUUUCUAUAAUUGUGGUAGUAGAACCAAACUCAUUCUAGUACAGAUCAGUCAUCAUGUAUAAAUGUUGAUUCAGUCUAUUAUACCAAGUGUAUUAUUAAUACAUGUAGAGCCAAAUGUAGUACAGGCAGGGUUUAUAACAUGGCCGAACUGGCUAAUAUAGGUAGGGAUUAAGCAAAAGACAAAACAUCUUGGAAAAUAAAAUCAAACACUAAACAUAAUACUGAUACUGACUCAGUAAUGCUCAAUGGGACACUGGCAAGACUUCGCAAAGACAGAGUGCUUGUAAAGUGAAUGUGUAUGUACAGUGAGACACAGCUAAUGUUUAUUAGUAGCCAGGUGAUCAAGAGCAGAGUAAAAUCUGGACCGGAUCAUUUGAGGAUCUGCAUGCGUCAGUGAAAAAAUGCUAUGAAAUAAAACUGCAAGAAUUCCACCUUUAAUUCAGUCAGCCCCAGAAUAAUUUGCUCAAGGUUCAAAAGUUCAAAAGGUUAUGAAAAAAAGACUGUGUUUAAUUAGCUUAAACAUGCAAAAAUAAAAAUAACAUUUUUACAAUUA